CCCCCUCGGGAAGAAGGAGGAGCCAAAGAGCUCAGCAGCCUCUUCCCGGAAGCUGGCGUGGUCCGUCUGUGCGCACCCGCUGUCCGUUGCGUCUUCGUGAAAUUGACAAGAGCCUGCUAACUGGACCUCCAUGGCUGCCAUCGUCCCCCGGACAGACUCUCCCGGCACGGAUGUCUUUGCUAUCCGUCACGGUUUCUUCAUUGUUCGCUCAGACUUGGGUUGCUUCCUACAAGUACUCGACCUCUGUUUGGGGCAGGACAUCAAGGUGUGGGAUUUGCACCCUGCCUGCCGUGGUGGGGACCACUACUUGGGAGACCCCACCAGCUCCGCCAUAUACCUCCUCCGUGGGGACUCGUUCUAUGAAGUGUUGGACCUGAGCUCUGAACCACCUUCAAGUGCACUCCCGUUGCACCCCAGCUGCCAAGGAGGUGACCAUUAUGCCUUCAGCGAGGGCCGGUUCUUUGUCUUUUUCCUGAUGCGCGGCGUGGUCCUCUCCGUGGCCGACCUAGCCACUGGGGCCACAGCAAAGGAGAUCUGCUUGGAGCCCACCCUUCUCCACGGACUGUAUUAUUAUGGUGCCGAUGCCACUCACCUCGCCUGCUUCAGGAUGGAUGAAGAAAAUGGCCUCCGCUGCCAUCUCUUUGCUACAACAGGACAUGAGUCCUUCCCUGUCCACCCCGACGUGGUCUCUUUCCUCCCCGGUGGCCUAGCUCUCACCCAUGGGGCCGCCUUUGGAGCUUGGGAGUGUCUCAAACUGAUCUCCAAUGCGACAGACCUGCCUAUGCCCAGCAGCCAUGAAAUCACCCGCAGAGUUGGCUACUCAAAGCUGGCGUUCAGCCAGACAUACCACAUCACCGGAUCUCUGGAUCCAGAGUCCUUGGCUGUCUCCCUCCUCCAGCAUCAUUUUUCCCUCCCUGCCGCUUACGGUGGCUUGGGGCUUCGGACGGAGCAGGAAGAGUGGGAGGAGGCAGCGGAGGAAGAAGAGCCUCUGCGGGUGAUCUUGCAACCCAGGCAGAAGCUCUACUGGUGGCAUUACCGCCUGGGGUUAGGCAAAGAGCCCAUCCUGUUCUGCCGGUCUCUGAAGGUCACCCGCACCCCCUCGCCACCUACCCAUAUACCUCUGCCACCGGCUGAUUGUUGAUGCCAGGACUAAGUGACAGGAGAGUUUAACGUUCGUUCCAGGGGGAAGGUGAAAAUAAGAGCCGAACUCUCCCCUGCUCUGCUUCCUUGUUUGUUUUGUGGUUAUGCCCAUUUUACAGAAAGUAAAAGCAGCAGCUGGGUUUCUCCCAGCGUAGAAGCGGCCUGUAUCAUACAGGAAAGAUAGACUGAGAUAAUUUCAUGCUAUAAGUCAUGACAUUGCUACAGCUCAUACAAUAUAAUAAUUUUUAAAAAGUUCA